AACACUUCCAUAAAACCUCGGUAUAUUAUAGAUUAUAGAUCAUAAAUCUCACUCCCCACUCAGAAAACCAUCCGACUGAAAAUUUGAUCAGCAAAUCACAAUGAGGAAGUGGACGAUCCCUUCCGUUCUAUUUCUGUUAUGCCUCUUGUUUCUCCUCCCAGAUCAAGGUAGGAAAAUACACGCAAAUGCAGAAGCCGAUUCAGAUGUGCCACUUGAUCCGCCGAAGGUCGAAGAGAAGAUCGGCGCCGUUCCGCAUGGAUUAUCCACCGAUUCUGAAGUCGUUAAGCGAGAAGCUGAAUCGAUGUCUAGAAAGACACUUCGCGCAAGUGCGCAGAAGUUCGAGUUUCAGGCUGAGGUGUCCAGGCUUAUGGAUAUCAUUAUCAACUCUCUUUACAGUAACAAAGACAUUUUCCUGAGAGAGUUGAUCUCCAAUGCUUCAGAUGCUCUCGACAAGAUUAGGUUUUUAUCACUUACGGACAAGGAAGUUUUGGGUGAAGGUGACAAUACCAAGCUCGAGAUUCAGAUUAAGUUGGAUAAAGAAAAUAAAAUACUUUCGAUCCGCGACAGAGGUGUAGGAAUGACAAAGGAGGAUUUGAUUAAGAAUUUGGGUACCAUUGCUAGAUCUGGAACUUCAGCAUUCGUGGAGAAAAUGCAGACAAGUGGAGAUCUUAACCUCAUUGGACAAUUUGGUGUUGGAUUCUACUCAGUAUAUCUUGUCGCUGACUAUGUUGAAGUUAUUAGCAAACACAAUGAUGAUAAACAGCAUGUAUGGGAGUCAAAGGCCGAUGGAGCUUUUGCAAUUUCAGAAGAUGAAUGGAAUGAGCCACUUGGUCGUGGAACUGAAAUCAGACUGCACCUUAGGGAUGAGGCACAGGAGUACUUGGAUGAGUACAAAUUGAAGGAGUUGGUGAAAAAGUAUUCUGAAUUUAUCAACUUCCCCAUACAUCUAUGGGCCAGCAAAGAAGUGGAUGAGGAGGUUCCAGCUGAUGAAGAUGAAUCCAAUGAUGAUGAUGACGACACAGCUGAAAGUAAAUCUUCUGAGGAAGAAGAGGAAGAAGAGGAUAAAGGUGAGGAUGAGAAGAAACCUAAGACAAAGACAAUCAAGAAAACUACCUAUGAGUGGGAACUUUUGAACGAUGUGAAAGCUAUAUGGUUACGGAGUCCAAAGGAGGUAACAGAUGAAGAAUACACAAAGUUCUAUCACUCUCUCGCCAAGGACUUUGCUGAUGAGAAGCCUCUAUCAUGGAGUCACUUUAAUGCCGAAGGCGAUGUUGAAUUCAAGGCCUUGUUAUUUGUGCCUCCCAAGGCUCCUCACGAUUUGUACGAGAGCUAUUACAACUCAAACAAAUCCAAUUUGAAAUUAUUUGUCAGACGGGUCUUUAUCUCAGAUGAGUUUGAUGAACUUUUGCCCAAGUAUCUGAACUUCCUGAAGGGUCUUGUUGAUUCUGACACCUUGCCACUUAAUGUAUCAAGAGAAAUGCUACAACAUCAUAGCAGUUUGAAAACGAUUAAAAAGAAACUCAUUCGCAAGGCCCUCGAUAUGAUUCGCAAGCUUGCCGAAGAGGACCCUGAUGAAUCCAACGACAAAAGCAAGAAAGAUGUUGAAGAAUCUGGUGACAACAAUGAGAAGAAAGGCCAAUACGCAAAAUUUUGGAAUGAAUUCGGCAAGUCGAUUAAGCUUGGUAUUAUAGAGGAUGCAACUAACAGAAACCGCCUGGCAAAACUUCUUCGAUUUGAGACCACUAAAUCAGAUGGUAAAUUGACUUCGUUGGAUCAAUACAUCUCGAGAAUGAAGUCAGGACAAAAAGAUAUCUUUUAUAUUACUGGAACAAGCAAGGAGCAGUUAGAGAAAUCUCCAUUCCUUGAGAGAUUAACAAAGAAGAAUUAUGAGGUCAUUUUCUUCACCGACCCCGUGGAUGAAUAUUUGAUGCAAUAUCUGACAGAAUACGAGGACACGAAAUUCCAAAAUGUAUCGAAAGAGGGGCUGAAAAUAGAGAAGGAUUCGAAAGACAAAGAACUCAAGGAGUCGUUUAAGGAGUUGACGAAAUGGUGGAAAGGUGCUCUUGCCAGUCACAAUGUUGAUGAUGUGAAGAUAAGCAACCGUUUGGCAGACUCACCGUGUGUUGUAGUGACUUCGAAAUACGGUUGGACUUCAAACAUGGAAAGGAUCAUGCAAUCUCAAACUCUAUCAGAUGCUAACAAACAGGCCUACAUGCGUGGCAAGAGAGUUCUUGAAAUUAAUCCAAGACACCCUAUUAUCAAGGAACUUCGUGACAGAGUAGUGAAGGACUCCGAGGACGAGAGUGUAAAGCAAACAGCACAGCUGAUUUAUCAGACGGCACUUAUGGAGAGUGGUUUUAUGCUAAGUGAUCCACAGGAUUUUGCUUCGAGAAUAUACAGCUCGGUGAAAAACAGCCUCAAAAUUAGCCCCGAUGCAACAGUUGAGGAGGAAGAUGACAUGGAAGAAGCUGAGACUGUAUCCAGCGCGGAAGAAACUGAAUCUACUACCAAAACCGAAGAAGCUCUCGUAGAUGACGAUGUGAAUGAUGAGUUGUAGAGAGGUCACUGGAUGAUUUCCAACACUUUGAAAAACCGUCGAGAAACCUUCAUUCCUUCAACAUUUUGCUAUUUUUACUUAGGCCCAUUACUUAGUUAGGAUAUCUAUAACUCAUAAUGUUAAUUCAUAGCUCGCCAUAGACAUACGCACCAUGAAUUUUGUCGUGCUGCAUUCCUUUUCCUAGUGUUAUUUCUUAAUACUGCUACGCUUUUUCAUCGGUGAAAUGUUGAGUAGUUUUUUUUUUUUUUU